AUGGGCUUCUAUUACACCACCUGCGUAUCUCUCGCCUUCUUUGUCGUUGCCCUAGCGUUUCCUCGGGAGACGUCCGUUAGUGGCCAGUUGAACCUGCCACAUGCUACAACAUCCGCUUCACCCCCAGCCGUCACCGAAGACGCAAAUCUCCGCUGCGUGGACGAAUCGACCAUCGUGUACACGACUGACUGUACAAUGGGCACCCCAGUAUCCUAUUGCUGGAAGCCUAAACCCCCAAUCAAAUGUCGAGCAGGCUAUUUCCCAUCAGUAUGGCAUCCAGACCACUGCAUGGAAGAACAGACCUGUUUCCCGCUAAAUGCAGCAUGGAUCACGACCGAGUGCUCGAACGGUGCUAUUCCUUACAGUACAACGACUCUGUACGAUGGGACAUUGGCUGGAGGAAAGUCCACUGCGAUAAUCUCAGUAUCGUGCUGCUGUGGCACAAAUCAAUGGUAUAGCAUGACUAUGCUGGAUGGAGGCUCCCAAUCCGAUACAUUCUGCAUGCCCUGCAAUAAUUGUCCUCCCGGCAUGGUGACUUCCACCAGCACUAAUACAUACUGUGCAUCUGCGACGGAGGCAGCAGCGGUGGCUGCUUGCUCCGAUAUCUCUCCAGAAGCUCAUUACUGCCAGUGUGAAGAUCCUAUGCAGACUCCGGUGUAUCCAGAUGAGCCCGGUGCUGCCGCUACGGGAUGUGAGUACUAA